AUGCUCAACCUUGAGCGAGAAAACUCGAAAAUACCAUUUUAUUCCACGGUUCCAUCCACAGACAAGGAGAUGGGACAGCCAUAUCUUUCCGGUCAGCUUUUCAUAGGUAGACUGAACAUGAACCUAACUGAGAAGUCUCGACUGCUCCUGUCUUGGUUUGGGCGACCUAGCAGUAUCUCAGCCCUCGUGCUUCCUUCGGGUGACCUCGCAGUUAUGCAACAAAAGGACGUUACAUCGGUUGUCGAAUUCGUAGAAUAUGUGCUCAUAUCACUCUCGAUUGAACAAUCGUCCUGCCAUACUGUUCCGAUCAUCCUGUACACAUCUGGAGGGGGAAAGCAAUGGACUCGAGUUUUGCUCUUAUUAGAGCUCAACAGCAGCGUACAUCCAAUAGUCGUGCCGGGGUUUGAACUCGAGGCAUCUGACAUGCGAGGCAAGCAUGUUACCAUUAAUACACCAGCGCACGCUAACCUAACUGAGAAGUCUCGACUGCUCCUGUCUUGGUUUGGGCGACCUAGCAGUAUCUCAGCCCUCGUGCUUCCUUCGGGUGACCUCGCAGUUAUGCAACAAAAGGACGUUACAGUUGACAAAUGA